AACUCGCCCUUGCGCCCGUCCGCAGAAAGAAAUAACCGAACGCGCCUCGCCGCCUCCUGCUGUCCCCCACCAGCCGCGCCACUCCGCACCGAGACAGCACCCUGCUCGGCCGCUCCGGCGAUCUCUCGCCCCGAAGAAGCCAAAGCUCCCCGAAUCGCGCGGAUCCCCUCCCUGCCCGCCGCCAUGACGGAGUACUGGGUGAGCCAAGGAAACAAAUGGUGCGACUUCUGUAAGAUUUAUAUAGCUAACAAUCCCUUCAGCAUCAGAACACAUGAACUUGGUAAGCGCCACAAGGACAAUGUCACUAAAAGAUUGGCGACAAUGCAAAAGGAGAGUGAUGCAAAGGACAAGGAACAGCAGCAUGCUGCCCGAGCCCUUCAGCAGAUAGAAGCCAAAGCUAAAAAGAGCUAUCAGAAAGAUUUGGAAAAUAGCCAGAGGAGUGUGGCUGGAGACGCUUCUGCAGCACCUGGAGACGGAUGGGUAUUCGACUCAACUUCAGGAUAUUAUUAUGACAAAUCUACUGGACUUUACUACGACUCAAACUCAGGAUUCUAUUAUUCUGAUGGCAUAGGCAAAUGGGUUACUCAAGAAGAGGCGUACAAGUCUGUGAAAACUUCAAAAACAGAUGUUGGCCAAUCCACAACUUCACAAACAAAAGCUCCUGCUGCAAACACUGCUGUUCCCGCUAUUAAAGGAGGUCCAGCUCCAGGUCGAGUUGUCACAAAACCAUUGAACCCGAUGAGACCUAUUAAGGGUACUCCAUCUGCUGUUGCUGUUAACAAGAGGAAGAGAGAGGACAGCAAGCCCAAGGUGAUCUCCAAGGAGGAUGAAGCGGCCCUUAAAGCGCGGGAAGCAGCACGAAAGAGAGUGGAGGAUAGAGAGAAGCCGCUGAUGGGAUUAUACAGGUCGUACUAAGGUGUCAUUUCUUCCUGGACUAUACGGGCCUGCCAAAUUGUACCACCUGAAUUGAACUGUCCAGAGAACGAAGGGCAAGAUAGGUGGCAUUGGGUUUCAGAGUUCUUUGGCAUUAGCAAUGUGUGUCUGUACGAUAACUCAGUGGUUCUUUAGCCAAGUUCUCAUUCUGAAACAUGUACAAGAGUAAGCUGAUUACAUUUUCUUUAACCCUAAUGGAGUGUAUCAUAUGCUGGAAAAUGAGACAUGGUGAUCGUUUUCAAGAUAA